GUGCGGAGACACCGCACAACAUGUCCAUCAUCAAGAAGCUGGUCAACUUCAUACGAGGCUGCGAACAGAAAGAGAGUAUGGUGGACGUCGGCGUGCGGCCCCUUAAACGUGUGCUCGCCGACCUGAGCCUUCGGACGUGGCCCAGCGUGCGGGCCACCGAACCCGCUGUCGAGUUGGUGGCAGGACUCGUCGCAAGGGCGCUGGGCGAGUCCACCGUCUUCUCGGUCUCGUACGGACCCGACCUGGCAAACCGUUCCCGCAACAUCAUCACGGUGGACCAACCCACGCUGUCUAUCCGCCGAGGCCACCUGCUGGGCAACCCGCGCAACCUGGAGUCGUAUCGCAUUAUCGUCAAGCAAGCCAUGGCGCUCACCAAGCCGCAAGAGCAGCUCGACGGACUCGCUGGUGACGUCAUGAACCUGGUGCACCGCAUCGCCAGGUCAACAAAGACUACGAAAGAACGCAUGAAAAUCGGCUCUCACUUUCUCCGUGAACGACUGGACAGCCUUCAAGCGAAAACGAGGUGGCACUGGGCAAAGUUUCUCAACACCGUCUUCGAUGGAGUGACCAACGUUAACGACAUGCAUUACAUUCGAGUCAAGACCCCUUUCUACGUGGGUCACAUGUCACGCAUUCUCAACACUGUCUCGAGUGCCACGGUGUUCAACUACGUGGGCUUCCGCGUGGUGCUCGCGCUGUCUCCGCUGCUGUCGGAGGAGUCGGCCAAGGAAGUGGCCCGUCUUCGUCUGCGGCGACGCUUCGAGUCCCACGGCGAGGCCGCGAGCCGCCAACGCGUGUGCCUGCACCUGGCCGAAGAAGCCAUGCCGCUGGUCGUGCUGCACGUGUACGCGGUGGUCUUCAACAAGGUGUACGUGCCGAGCAUCGAGAAGGUAAUCUACAGCGUGGAAAGUAUCCGCUACUUUAUGAAGGCAUUCGUCGAGCAAGCUCACUGGAUGGAGCAUUCAUCGAAGAUGGCAGCUAGGUACAAGCUGAAGACUAUGAGCCUGAACAUCUUUUACCCUCUUUGGAUUAUGGACACGGACAAGCUGGCACGAAUCUAUGCUUCGACCAUGGUGAACCGCAAGGAAAUAGCCGAGAGCUACUACCUCCUCCGCCGGGCAACCAUGCACCGGUACUGGUCCAAGUUCUCCAAGGAUCAAGCCGAACCAGAGUGGCAGGGCUCCGCCUUCGACUUGGAGUGCAGAUACGACUGCGAAGCCAACGCCUUGUAUAUACCAAUGGGAUUAUUCAGUGAGCCUAUUCUGCAUUCGGACGUGUCUGCUAUAUUCAGCAUCUCUCGGCCAGGCGCAAGGAUUGCCCAUGCUAUGCUCGGCGCUAUCGACAAACGAGGCUUCCUGUACACCGUGUCGAGCACGUACAGAAAGUGGUGGACAGAGGAGACGCACUACCGGUACGCCCAGGUACUAUCCUGUUUCAUGGAACAGUACAAGGGCAUCGUCGACCGCAAGCUCCAUCUCCGGCUUACUUCUUCCGGAACCUCCGAAAUGAACGUCGCUGACAAUGCAGCACCGGAAGUACUUUUCGAGGCUUUCCGACAGACAGUCGACGACAUGGACAUAGACAACCGGCGCUUCUCCAUGUCUGGACUCAGCAAAUUCACCCUCGAUCAGCUCUUCUUUAUUUCCUAUGCCAUGGGAUUCUGUGAAGAGCAGAAGGAGGACUUUCUCAGGAAGCAAAUACUCCAUGGUACAACAAGUCCGGCAAAGUACAGGGUGAACCUCCCGUUCAGCAACAUGCCGUCGUUCGCCAAAGCAUUCGGCUGCUCCGAGGACAGCCCCAUGAACAGGACCCUGCGGUGCACCUUCUGGUGACGCCACCUUCCAACUCAUCAAUCCCUUCCGGUUGUCUGCUUCGUUUACUCGAGUUGCUGCGCCGGCUGUGUUUGUUGGACCGGGCUUUUCGGACA